CAGUCGUUAAUUAAAAAAAAUGUCUAAAGCAUGGAAACUUAAGUUGCUUCUUCUACUUCAACUGCUACUCUUGAGUCAACAUGAUGUUGAUUCAGCUUCUGUGAUUAGCUAUCUUCCUGGUUUCGAAGGUCUUCUCCCAUUCCACCUUGAAACUGGGUACAUUGGUGUUGGUGAGGGAGAGAAAGAGCAACUGUUCUACUACUUUAUUAAAUCAGAGAACAAUCCUGAAGAAGACCCUCUUAUUCUCUGGUUAACUGGAGGACCAGCUUGCACUGCUCUCUCCGCACUUGCUUUCGAGAUCGGGCCAUUGACUUUCAAGACUGAGGGUUACAAUGGAGGUUUACCUUCUCUUGUCUCCACUUCAUAUUCUUGGACAAAGGUAGCUAGCAUAAUAUUCUUGGAUCAGCCUCUUGGGACUGGCUUCUCCUACUCAACAACUCCUCUUUCUGAUAAGCCUAGUGACACAGGCGAAACAAAACAGACAUAUGAGUUUCUUCAAAAGUGGCUAGUGGAGAAUCCAGAGUUUGUCUCAAAUCCUUUCUAUGUCGGCGGAGAUUCUUACGCCGGUAUAGUUGUUCCAGCUAUUGUUCAGCAGAUCUCAAUAGGAAAUGAACAUGGCUACAACCCUCAAAUAAAUCUUAAGGGUUAUAUUCUUGGGAACCCUUCAACAGAUCUUGAUAAUGAUCAUAACUCCAAGAUUCCAUAUGCUCAUCGAAUGGGACUUAUCUCUGAUGAACUUUAUGAGUCACUUAAGAGAACCUGCCAAGGAAAUUAUUUUAAAGUAGAUCCUACAAAUAGACAAUGCUUGAAAUUGAUGGAAAACUACCAAAAGUGUGUUUCAAGGAUAAACGAAGGAUUCAUUUUGAUAGCAUUGUGUGAUUUGGCUACACCAAAUCCUUAUUCAGGAGAACAUGGUGAAAGAAGCUAUCUUACGACACUUGUUCAGUCAGAUCUUUCUCUUCCCACUCCUGAUUGCUAUGGAAGUAUAGGGAAAUGGAUGAGAUGCAAUUGGGAUUUGCCUUAUGAGAAAGACAUAAAGAGCAGUGUACCUUACCACCGAAACAAUAGCAUCAAAGGGAAUUAUCGGUCAUUGAUUUAUAGCGGUGAUCACGACAUGAUGGUGCCUUAUAUUGGAACUGAAGCUUGGAUUAAAUCUCUAAACUACUCAAUAACUGACGAUUGGAGGCCUUGGUUUUUUAACAAUCAAGUUAUUGGAUAUACACGGACUUACGCAAACAAUAUGACAUUUGCCACUAUCAAAGCAAGUUUCUUUUCCUUUUGGGGUUCUCGUCAAUAAAAUCGAUGUUUUUUCGUCGUUACAUUUUGAAAAAACAAUUUCCUUGAUU